UCAGCUGCGCGUCCUGUGGCUUCGGCUCACCUGAAGCGCGCAGGCAGACAGACAGACAGACAGACAGGCGGCAGACAGGUACUCACAGGAGCCGGAAGAACAAGGACCGUGUGGACUAAUAUUUCUGAGAGUCCCUCCAGCUGUUCCUUCCAGUUCCUCACUGCGCCCUCUCUGCUUUUAAACGCGCUUUUUAAAAAUUAAUGUAGGUGAAUGGACGCUGGAGGAGGAAACAUGAGCGAGCAGGGAAAGAAGAAGCUGAUCCUGAUCGUGGUAGAUAUUCUCUGCGUGACUGUGGCCGCUCUGCCCUCGGCCAUCCUGACGCUGAUGUUCAGCCCGUACCAGAGAGGAAUCUACUGCAACGACGAGAGCAUCAGCCAUCCAUACCGCAGAGACACCAUUUCCCACGGGGCCAUGGCUGCAGUCACCAUCACCUGCUCCAUCGUCAUCAUCACCACAGGAGAGGCGUACCUGGUGCACACCAAACGGCUCCACUCCAACUCCCAGUUCAACCAGUACCUGUCCGCUCUCUACAAGGUGGUGGGCACCUUCCUGUUCGGAGGAGCCGUCAGCCAAUCCCUGACCGACCUGGCCAAGUUCACCAUCGGUCGCCCCCGUCCAAACUUCCUGGCCGUGUGCGCCCCGGUCAGCUGCAACGGAUACCUGCUGCACAUCAACUGCACGGGAAACUCCCGCAACGUGACUGAGUCCAGGUUAUCGUUCUACUCCGGCCACUCGUCCUUCGGGAUGUACUGCAUGCUCUUUCUGUCGCUCUAUGUCCACGCCCGGAUGCAGGGGAAGUGGACGCGACUGGUGCGACCGACCAUCCAGUUCUUCCUGGUGGCGUUUGCUCUGUAUGUGGGAUACACGCGUGUUUCGGACCACAAACAUCACUGGAGCGACGUGCUGGUGGGGCUGCUGCAGGGGGCGCUCAUCGCUGUUCUCACUGUUCUUUACGUCUCCGACUUCUUCAAGCAGCGACCUCUGCCCUGCACGCCGCCAGACACUGCGGAGAUCGAACAGCUCGAGCGCAAGCCGAGCCCACAGCCUCACGACUCGCAGCACGGGAACCACUACAACUACUCCAGACCCGUAUGAGCACCUGACUGAACUCACUCACCUGGGCCGGCGCUCUCCAACAGCAGCUUCAGAGAAAAAUAACCACAACACACUGCAGUGACCACUAACUGGAUGUUCAGACCAGACCUCUCCACUCUGGAACCUCCCAACACGUUCAGAUUUCUAAAAACCUGUCGGAAUAGAAUCUCCAUCAUCUGCGUGUCUUUAUGGAGUAUUUUUAUGUGUACAUGUGAUGUACAAUGAUCAAAUAUAUAUAUACAUUAAUAUUUUUAGGAUUUUUAGGAAGUUUCAGGUUUGUUCGGGGGGAAAUUACGCCGUGAGUCUUGAGGGUAAAUCGUGCAAAGACUGCAACAAGAUUUCAAAAGAAACGCCAACAAAACCAUUUUUCUGAGACGAAACCUUGGAGACUGAAUGUUUUCUACUUUGUUUCUUUCCUUACACUGGAGCGAGUUUACUUGUCCCUCACUAGUGUCUCUAUCUUUUAGAAGGUGUGCAUGUGAUAACGAUGGACUGAUUCAGCCAUCACACACAGAGUACAGUGUAGUGCUCACGUUUUUAUUUUGUUAAGAACUCGUCUAAUGAACUGUGUAGCUUUUAAGAAUGAUUUUAUUACCACUACUUUACAGAGGCGUUACUGUGAACCUUUGUUCUGGAUGUUUUUCUUCUUUUAUAGAAACAACAUGAUAUUAAACUAUAUUAAAACAACAACCAAGGAGACGUUACUGGAGUGUAUUCAUCCCGAAACGCACUCGUUUGUCUGCCUUUUCUUUCAGAUACAAACUGAAAACACCUUUAUGGACCUUUACUUUAUAUCAUGUGUAACCCAUUGUGAACCUGCACAUACUGUAAUCAUAUCUGUACUUCAUCCUGAUGUUUGUUAUGUGUAGCUUCUCCAUAAACACAAGCCAGAA